AUGUGGUCUGUUCGACUCUACCCCUUGGCGUUGACCCUACUGUUUCAAUGCGUCAGCCCAGCCGCAGCUCGUCCAUCGGGAUGCGUGGACGAUGUCGAGGUCGUUCAAGAGAUUGGAAGCAAAGAAAUACAGGCUCCAGUUGUUCGCUUCGAAAUCUCCCUAACGACACAGUCAAUCGACGCAGCUGGAAUAGGUUUUCGGGAAGCGAUCUUCAUCAACGAUGCCUUUAUCGGACCUACCCUCUACGCCAAGCAAGGCGAUAGGAUCGAGUUCGUCGUUCACAACUACAUGCAACAAGACACAAGCAUCCAUUUCCAUGGCAUCGAUCAGCGAUCUACGCCAUGGUCGGACGGAGUGCCAGGCCUGACACAAAGCCAAAUCAGGCCUGGGGCGUCAUUCCUGUACAACUGGACUGCACACGACGCCGGAACAUACUUCUACCAUUCUCACGCCAAAUCUCAAAUGAUGGACGGCCUUUAUGGCGCGGUCGUCAUUGCACCAGAUGACGAGGCACCGCGUCCAUUUCAUCUUAUCAGCAGCGGCGAGGCCGAUCAGGCGGCAAUGCUUGCAGCGGAGAAGUUGAUGCGACCCAUCUUCGUCAGUGACUGGUCCCAGUACACGUCUGCAGAAUACCACGGAAUCCAGCAUGCUGCGAAUAUUGAUUUCUCGUGCAUGGACUCCAUCCUCGUCCAAGGGGUUGGCUCGCAGUACUGCCUGUCCGAGGAAGAGCUUGACGAUAUGACGAAUCCCAUUGUUUUGCAGCUGUUGAAAGAGCUCGCAGGCGGACAUAUGACGCCGAAGGGUUGCAUCCCUCCGUUGCAAAUGUUCAAUGGAGACUUUGAAUUGCACCUGGAGAAUGUGCCGGAGCUCGCUUACAACAAGUGCAAAGGAGGACAGAGCUCGAAGGGAAACUAUACGAUUGACGUUGACACCUCGAUCGGCUGGGCGGCGUUGACAUUCGUCAAUCCUGGAGGGUUGUACCCUCUGCAGCUGUCGAUUGACUCGCACGAAUUGUACGUGUACGCUGUAGAUGGGCAGUACGUGUACCCAAUAGUCGCAGAUCGUGUCCUGGUCAACACUGGGAGUCGAAUAUCCGUGAUGAUCAAGCUCGAUCAAGAGAAGGCCAGACACGUUGUGCGAGUUGCCAACGAUUACCUCAACCAGAUCUUAGGCGGCUUCGCCGAGCUAGCGUACGAUGGCGCGACAAAUGCUCCCAAACACCCGCAUCCGAAGACGAACUAUGGUGGCAAGCUGAUUAGCAGCGAGAUGGUGUCGUUUGUGCCCGAGGACAGCAGCCCAUACCCAGCCUUGCGACCUGCGCAGAGCGCCGACUCCACUUUCAAGCUUCGGCUGAAAAAACUAGGCCAACCUUAUAGAGCGUACGAGUGGACGCAGACCGGCAGCCUGGGCUACAACAUUAGCCAUGAGCACGACGACCCUCCGUUGCUGCUGCAGAAUGUAGAAGAUGUUCCCGCCACGGAACUUACGCUGAAAACGCAGAUCGGUGAUUGGGUCGACCUCGUCCUCGUAACAGCAGGUCCAUUCGCCCAAGCGCAUCCAAUGCACAAACACGGCAACAAAGUGUUCCUCAUCGGCUCGGGUUCAGGGAGCUUUCCGUGGGAGAGCGUGGAAGAGGCGAUCCCACAUCUGCCCGAAGGCACUUUCAACUUCCAAGAUCCUCCAUACCUGGAUACAUUCAACACAGUGGAGAUGGAGGGGCAAGCCAACGAUACCUGGACUGCAGUCAGGUACAAGGCUGAAUAUGCCGGUGCAUGGUUAUUCCACUGCCAUGUGCAAACGCAUUUGUCGGGCGGGAUGGGCAUGGUCGUCCUGGAUGGCGUGGAUGCUUGGCCAGAAGUGCCCUUAGCUUAUCAGGAGUGGAAUGGAUUCGAGCCGCCUGCUUUGUCGUGA